AUGUUGCUACCAAUAGUUGAUCGGCGCUCACUUCUCGAGGAAGAGAGGGAAUUCCAGUGCUUGUGUGCACGAUGUGCUGAGGGCGUGGAAGACUUGCGUGUUUUUCGGUGCGCUCGUGAUGGAUGUGCUGGAGCUUGCAAAGUUGUCGGCCAGCUACUAGGUCACUGUUGCAAGUGCGGCGUCGCUCCGGGACGUGCAAAGGCCGAAGCACUAUUUGCUUCGGAGAUGGAGCUAGAGCAGCUUCUCAAUUUCAUCGACGACGUCCUUGACAAUGGGAAGCAAAUCGAUGUGUCUGGCGAUGUUUUGUCACUCUCAUUAGGGGCCUUGCAUGAAAACCAGUACUUGGCUGGUCGUAUUGCCAGAGUCCAGUAUGAGCUGUUCCUGCAAUUUGGGCACCUUGAGAAGGCAGUUGUUGCGCUAGGACAGACCAUACGCCUGUGGCAGAACAUUCGGCCCUGUCGCGAAACUGCCUUUGAGUUGGAGAGGUUGGGAAACUUGUACAAGAAACUUGGCAGGGACACUGCUGCCACGAAGGCAUAUUAUGAUUCAUUUCGCAUUCUCGCACUUACAUCAGGCCUGGAGAACGCUUAUGUUAGGUGCGCUGCGCGACUCUGCGCCCAAAGUUUGUUGAAAGUUCCCAUGAGAGCGAGUGCACUGUCCGGUUUUGAAGGGAAGGCGGUUCUUGUCGUCGGGCUUGCGAAGAAAGCCGUGAUGAACGGCUGCAUUGGCUCGUGUGGAAGUCUCGAGAUCGAUCGGUUUCCUGUGAGGUUUAACUCUGUGGACACUGCGGGCGUGAAGGUGAAGGCUGUGAACCUGAAAGUUCUGCCAGAUGGACAGCUGGAGCCCGGCCAGCUGGCCAUUAUCCACGGCCUGUCAUCAGAGACUUAG